UCCCUGUGGCUGGGCUGAGGGUGUGAGCUGAGAGCUGCUGUUGGCAUUACCCCUGCUCUUUACUUCCAGGUGCUGUUGAGGAAAUCACCUAGUGUUUCCUUUGGGGGCUGAGGUGAAUUGCCUUUCCUUUGAUUGUGUGCAAUCAGCAGUGGAAAUGGCGGGACAAUUCCGUAGCUAUGUCUGGGAUCCUGUCCUCAUUCUGACACAGAUUGUCCUCAUGCAGGCAGUCUAUUACAGCUCCUUAGGACUCUGGCUAGCUCUGGUAGACAGCCUGGUACAGAAUAGCCCUUCUCUUGACCAGAUUUUCAAUGAUGAGAUCUUGGGAUUCUCUACCCCACCUGGAAGACUUUCCAUGAUGGCUUUCAUCCUCAAUGCACUUACCUGUGCUUUGGGCUUGUUGUACUUUGUCCGGCGAGGAAAGCAGUGUUUGGAUUUCACAGUUACGAUUCAUUUUUUCCAUCUGCUGAGUUGCUGGAUUUAUAAUGCACAUUUUCCCACAGCUCUAACAUGGUGGCUAGUACAUAUAGUGUGCACUGCACUCAUGGCUGUGAUUGGGGAAUAUCUCUGUAUGAGAACAGAACUCAAAGAAAUCCCAUUGAAUUCAGCCCCCAAAUCCAGUGUAUAAACUUGUUCUGAGGAUGUAUUGUAUCUGGUCAUCAUUUCCAGGACCUUGGCAGUGGCAUGAGACAGUGCAGAAAACUUCCAUUAAAGAAGCACAGCUGGUCUGUUUAGACUUUUUUUAGAUUUUGGAGGCUGCAGGAGUGUGAAGAACUUUGUGGUUGGCAUAAGAAAAUGAACAAAGCAGAAGAUUUAUUUUAAUAACACAAGGCAUUUAACAUGACUAUUACAUGUGAGUGUUUUCACUCUUCAUUCAAGUGAUAUGGUCCAGGAAAAAGUCAGACAACAAAACCUAGAGCAUGAGAAUCAACUGGAAUUUAACAAGGUGCAAGGUCCUUGGAUGGUGGAGCUGGAAUGAUCAAACUGUCUGGGAGAAAUGCAUAGUGUUUGACUAGGAGCUGCUGCUUACCUCCUCUAACACAUUUUUUCUGUUUGUUGUUUUUUUGUUUUAAAAUCAAGGUGCUAAACUGAUGUAGGAUUAAAAAUAAUUGUCUGAGUCACCAGUUGUGAACCUACAAAGGCCUGUAAGUUCAUACAGGUUCAGUUAAUGUUGCUGUGUUUAGUUCCUAGUGUAGAUGUAAGGCAACAUACAUUGGUGGAUUGAAAAAACUCUUUUUUAACAAAGUGGUAAAAAUGGUAUUGAGUUGCCUUCCUGGUGAGCUGAACAUUUUGAGCUUCACAGUGAAUGUCCACAUAAUAGCAGUGGUGUAAGGUCUGGCCAGAAAGGAACAUCAGUGAUCGCAUUCUAAGGUUUGUUAAACACGGCAAACCAGAAAUCCAGAAGCCAGUUAAAAUUAACCAUCUUAUUCUCAUCCUGCACGGAGGGUUGGCCAUAACAUUCACCAAAUGUUGAAUUGUAGGUUGGAGUUGGUUGAGGGAAGCUUUCUGCUGCUGUAUGUUACAAGUAUCUUUCAUCAUCCCCAUUCUAUAAUAACCUACAUCUUCCUACCAAUUGUCAGAUUCCAGUUCCUAAUCCUGCCUGAAAGUGGCCACCAGAGACUGUUUUCCGAAAUUGGUAGGUGUUUCUUGCUGGAGAAUGCCAUACAGAGGACUGUUAAUUGUCUCUUAUGCUGUUUAAUGAGAUGGUGCCUUUGAUGGGGCACUUUAAAUAAAACCUCCCUUCACAAGACACUGACCCUAGUGUUUCCUAAGCAAGCUGGAGGCCAAAUGGUCUCCUAUGGUCUUGUAUCCCAAGGGGACAGUCUUAUCUCUAGUUGUGCAAUUUCCCUUUAAGGGAUGUUAAGUCUGUGCUGACUGUGUCAUUCUGAAUGGGGGCAAACUAGGGUUUUAAUGUUGAAAUUCCUUUUUUUCCCCCUGUGUGUCUUGCUGCUACCCACCUCUUUUCUUUGUACAUUAAUAUUGGUGAAUAUUAUUAGUUUAAAUAAAUUAUAUUGCUAAUUUAA